AAAGGAAAAAUAGAAAAGAAAAUGUUUUGAAAAUGAAAAUUAUUUGAAUUCACGGCUUCGAUUGUUUUUGUUCUUAUUUUCAAUUUUUUUUUUUUUUUUUUGUUAAUAGUCAUUUUAAUUGUAUAAGAUUAUUGUUAAUUUUAAGGUGGUUGAAAUAUUAUUAUUAUUAUUAUAUACAUAUGUAUAUGUAUAUUAAAGAAAAAAAAUUAUUGUCAGAAAGAAAAAGAAAUUUGUUGUAUUUUUAUUUGAAAGAGGAAAAAGGGGAGAAAAAUGAAUUUAUUUUGCGACUGCGUGUUUCCAUAGUAACCGGCAAGUGGAGUUUUUAAAAACAUUAGAAUUCAUUGGUAAACAUCUGAUAUUUUACGGCCCUCUGUCUCUCUCUUUAAAAAAAAAGACAAAACAAAACAAAAAAAGGAAUUUUUCUCGUAAUUUACGAGAAUUUCUCUAUUUUUUUAUCAAUUGACCGAAAAUGUCCGAGGAAUAUCCUUUAGAAAAUACAAGAGAAUUGGCGAUACGUUUGUCAUUGGAGGAGGAGAAUAAAAGAAAAAAUGAUGGAAUUCAAACAAACGAACGAACAAUUAUUCUUCUUGGUAGUAAAGGAGUUGGUAAAACAACAAUGAUUUAUAGAUUUUUGGAUAAAGAAGAAACGCCAAAACCAACAAUUGCCAUGGAUUAUUCAUUUGGACGAAAAGCGGGUAAAAGUUUGGUGAAAGAUGUGGUCCAUGUGUGGGAGGUGGGACAUUUAUCGUCGUCAUUAAUAUCGGCUUCAAUGACGGGUUCGACAUUAACUCAUUCACCUCAUCAUGUGACAAUUAUGAUAAUGUUGGAUUUAUCGAAACCGGAAAUGAUUUGGUCAACAUUAGAGGAAAGUCUUUCAGUUGUGCGAAGCGCAAUGAAAAUGAGCUACAACGAGAGAAUAAUUGAGGAGAUGAAUAAUCGACGUUUAAAGGAAAAAAGAAAAGACACGGAGAAAACUGUCGAACCAUUUCCAAUGAGACUCUGUAUCAUUGGCGGCAAAUACGAUGAAUUUAAAGAAUUCGAUUCGACGAAAAAAGGAUUAAUUGGAAGGAUUUUGAGAGCUGCCGCUCACGCUCUCGGUGCAUCGUUACAUUUUCAUUCGUCAAAGGAUUCCGCUCUUGUUCGAAGAACCAAAGAUUUAUUGUCAUUUUACGGUUUUGGUUCACAAAGUUUAAAAGGAAAUUGCGCAGAUUACGAAAAACCAUUAACAAUUAUCGGCGGUACGGAUUCAUUUAUGGCAAUUGAACUCGAUCUUCCCGGACGAUUAUUAAAUUUUGAGAAAAUUAAACAAAUAUUUGUUAGUCGAAUUCCCCAGGGAAUAAGGGAGGAAAUAAAAUUAGAGGAUCCUGAGAAUCAUCCGAGUUUUAGUGAGCCAAUAAUUGAUCGACUACGAAAACAACGAGAAGAGGAAAUCAGUUUUCUUCUAAAGGACAUGCUGGAAGGACAAUCGACAAAAAUUCCAGUUCCAGAUCCGUUUUAACGAAAAUAGAAAAUGAAAGUUUAGUUAAAUGUUUAAUUUUUUUAUAUAGUUUUAAAUACCUAUAUAUAUUUUAGUGACAAAAAAUGUUUUCUAUUUUUCAAGUUUAAAGAUUUUUUUUACAAUAUUGAUCAAUUAAAUGGCACUUGGUACUUGAUUUUCUGGACUGGAGUCAAAGAACUUUUAGAUUUAGGUCCAAAACAUAUUUUUUAUCCAUUUCCUCCCUAAAAAUAAACGAAAAACAAUAUUCACAAAAAAAGAUAAUCGAUUUCAAACAAGUUGGUAAUUAACAAAAGGAAAAAAAAAUGUUCGAGAGAGAGAGAGAGAGAAACUGAUUGGGUCAAUGAUCCACAGUACAAACAUUACCAUGUGCAAGGUUCACGUGACUUUAGUUCAAUGCCGGAGUUAUUUUUGUUCGAGUCUGAUCUCAUAAUAGUGCGCGGCAACGAUUAGAUUAACCCUCGUGCG